GCCUGAUGCCCGCCCCUCCUCCUGCCAUCGGGAGAGGUCAGAAACCGACCAAUUCAUCUCCCCCGAGUUGGGGUAGCCUCUGUCGUCUGCAAGAAACCGAUGCCCCACUCUGAGGCUCAGAGAACCUCCUCUGGAAGCCUCUCCCAGCCUGACCAGAGCCUUUCCCAACAAUUGAGUAACUUCGCAGAGGUGGGAAAGUGCCUUGGGAACAUCUGUGGAGAAGGUAGGAGAGGAGGGGCAGCUUGCCCACCUCCUCACUCCCCGCCCCUGCCCCAAAUGUUUAGGGGAAUCGGACCCAAAGGGGCAUGAUGAACAAGUAUCUUCUCAUUUACGCACAAAUUCAACUCCAUUCAUGACCUCUCGUGGGCCGUAGGCGCCAGGAGUCUCUCCCCAAUUCUCCAGCUCUGCCGGGGCUCCAGCGGUGUCCACGGUCCAGACGGAAGGCAGCCAGUAGGGGAGAGUUGUGUUUGCCCAGGGCACUGGGGUCGCCAGAGCUAAGGCUGACGCUCUCCUAACCCUCAGCGCUAAGCCGCAGUGAUUACAGGUUGCCUUCUGGCCCUUCGAUGUUACGCCCACCAUCCUUAUGACCCCAGGCAGUUGUCCUCUGAAGCAGAGGUCAACGCACAGGGGGCAGACUUGACUCAGUCUCUCCCCUGUACCUCCUCCUCUCCCAACCAAUCCACCUCCCAAUUCCCAGCAGAUGUCGGGUGAAAUCUUCUCUCCUCUGGAGAGCCUCGCUGCCCUGGACGCCUCCAAUGGCCACCCCCUCGUCUGCUUCCUCUGUCAUGAGCAGUAUGAGCACCCGUGCCUGCUAGACUGUUACCACAACUUCUGUGCCAGCUGCCUGCGGGGCCGGGCCGUCGAUGGCCGUCUAGCCUGCCCGCUUUGUGGCCACCCGUCCAUGGUGAAGGGAGCCAAUGGGCUGCCGCCUGUGGACCGGCUCCUGCAAUUCCUGGUGGAUGGCUCCUCUGACUGCGAAGAGGCUGUGCGCUGUGCCAACUGCGACCUGGAAUGCCCGAGCCAGGAUGCAGAGACCACCUACUUCUGCAACACCUGUGGUCAGCCACUCUGUGCCCACUGCCGGGAGGAGACUCACAAGGCCAAGAUGUUCUCACGCCACGAUGUUGUGGCCCUGGGCAAACGUACCAAGGACACUCACAAGAAGUGUUCUUUGCAUGGAGAGCCUUACAUUAUGUUCUCUACUGACAAGAAGUCUAUGCUCUGCAUUCGAUGCUUCCGGGACAUGCAGGGGGAAAGCCGGGCACACUGUAUUGACAUAGAGACAGCCUACGUGCAGGGCUGUGAGAAGCUGGACCAGACUGUCAUGGCUGUGAAGGCUUUGCAGACUUCCACUCGAGAGGCAAUCACCCUGCUGCAGACCAUGGUGGAGGACGUGAGGCGCAGUGCAGCCGAGGAGGAGAGUGCCAUCCAUACCCUCUUCAGCAGCAUGCAGGAGAAGCUGACGGAGAGGAAGGCAUUGUUACUGAAGGCAGUGCGGAGCCAGUAUGAAGAGAAAGACAAGGCCUUCAAGGAUCAGCUCUCCCAGCUGGUAUCCCUGCUGCCCACACUGCAGGUCCACCUGGUCACCUGCUCAGCUUUCCUCAGCUCAGCCAACAAGGCAGAAUUCCUGGACCUGGGAUAUGAACUGAUGGACCGGUUACAGGGCAUCGUCACUCGGCCCCACCGCCUACAGCCGGCGCAGAGCAGUAAGAUCACCAGCGACCACCGCGCUGAGUUCUCCCGCUGCCUGGAGCCGCUGCUGCUGCUAGGUGCGCGGAGGGCGCCGGCGACUGGGGCUGCAGCCACCAUGCUUUCUGGGUGUUCGACUACCAAGGCCCUGCUUAGUUCUGGUUGCCCAUCCCCAGGUGGAAAGAUGUCUGGGUCACCUAUCCACAAGCCCACGCUGCACCGAUCUAUCAGCACCAGGGUGCUGCUGGCUGAGGGAAGCGACACCCCCUUCACAGAGCACUGCCGCCAUUACGAGGAGACAUACAGGACCCUGCAAUCUGAGAUCCAGAACCUGAAGGAUCAAGUGCAAGAAUUACAUCGGGACCUCACCAAGCACCAUUCCCUCAUCAAGGCAGAAAUUAUGAGUGACAUCCUGCAGAAAUCCCUACAGGUGGACGAGCAUAUUGCUUCCAAGUAUUCCUCGGUAGAAAUGAUGAGGCCUGUCUUUGAAGAGACAUGGGAGGAAACCUAUCAGAGAGUGGCAAAUGAGCAAGAAAUUUAUGAAGCCCAGCUCUAUGAUUUGUUCCAGCUGAGACAGGAGAACAGCUAUUUGAUCAAUAUCACCAAGCAGAUCACUCCUUAUGUCCGUUCCAUUGCUAAGGUGAAGGAACGGUUAGAGCCCAGAUUCCAAGAACCUAUUGAUGAGCUGUCGGAGAAUUUGCAAAAAAUAUAUGAAGACAUGGUGGUGAUCAGUGAGAAUCAAACCAGAAAUGAGUCAACUAGUAGUUCUGAAGAGAAGAGAGAAGAUGCUGGAGUCCAACAGAGGGGACAACCAAAUUCUGAACAGACUCUCAGAAGAACUCCUGAAAAAUAAAGGCUAUUAACAAAUGGCCUUUAAUAAAAAUAAAAGCCAUUCUCCAAAGAGAAAUAUGGGAUGGACACCACCAGUAACAAAGAACCCGCAGCUUAGCAAAAGGGACUUAUCAGGCUUUUUUUAAAAAGUAGAUUUAAAGAAAAGUUUCCUUCUAUCACACUUACCAAACAUAAUGGAUAAUUUUGCCAAAAGUAAAUUGUGAACUUAGCUAUCAGGGUUUUCAAAUUAAGGUUUUAUCCUUGCUUGAGCUAACUUUGCCCCUUUUCUCCCUUUACACACCCACAAGUGAGCCAUAGCUCAAAACAUAACCAUUUUGGGAAAUGAGAUUUAGAAACUCCUCCAUUCAAUUAAUUUCAAACCAGAGUGGAAAUCUGUCACCACUGGGCACAUGUCGAUAAUAACCCCUUAUCUCAACUAGAGUUCUCUGCCAUCUGUCCCAGUUCCUAGGCCCUUCCCAGUUUUUGGAUAAGGUUUUUCCAACACCUCUCCUCUGGGAUGAAUAAUUCCAACUUCUUUUCAGCCAAAACCUUCCUAUUGUGGCAAUGUCAUUUGGAAAGUUCUAUUCUUUAAUGUGUGGGCUCAGCAAAGGGGGAGGGCUCAAGUCUCUCCAGAUUCUCUUCUCUUUUAGCCGGGGAUGUGCUUACAAGGAAGUCUUACCUAAAGUGUGUUUGGCAGGAAGAACUAUCGAGGCUAUCUCCCCAAAGAGAAAGUUCUG